CGGGCCGAGCCUGGUCCACGCACGCCCCAGGACCGCGAAGCACGCGGAAGCGCGUCCCCGGCCCGCGGCGGCGCGUGGGACAGGUGUCCCGGGCCGCCUCCCUCGGAAGCCUCCGGCCCGAUGAGUCUCUUGCCCAGGGAGGGGCUCCGGCGUGGACCCCGCAGCCUCUGCGCCCGGAGGGGCCGCCGGGGGCCCAGGGCCGGGGGCCCACCGCCCCGCCUCCAUCGGGGCGGGUGCGGGGGGCCGCGCGGGUGGGGGAGCGGUGAGCCCCGCGGGAGGCUGGCGCGCGCUGGCCUCUCCGGCUGCAGCCCUGCCGACCGCCCUGCUGGGGAGAACGCCGCCCUCAAGGGCCGGGCUGGCCAGACAAAGACCCUGAGCUCCCCGCCUUCCUGCCCGCAGCCCCUGGAGACGGGCACACCCGCACCCCGUGCCCUGGGGAGGCCGAGCCCAGGACACCUCAGUGCUGUCCAGGACCAGGCCUUCCGAGACUGCUCCGCUCCCGCAUGCUGGGCCCGGGGGUCCUCCUGCCCACCUGCUCCCCAGCACAGGAAGUCCUACAGAAAAGCCGGGGUGAAUGAGCGCGGGGCGGGGUGAGGCUGGAAGGCGUCGGUCUGUGUCAGGUGCUGGUAUCCAUGGCAACACUAUAGAGCCUUUCUUUCCCUAGGUCUGUUUGGACUUCAGGCCUCAGGUGAGUGUUGGGGGUAAGGCCUGGGCCUGGGGGCAUCACAGGCAAAGGACCAGGACCUCGGGUCCUAGAAGGCAAGGAUGAUAGGGGGAGGACAACAGGAAAUGUGCAAACGCCCAGGUGACACAUUGCGGGGGGCGAAGGGGUGACCUGCUGCCUUGUCCUGGUCAGAAAUACACAGACACGGGCGUACACAUGACCAGCAGUCCAGUGUCCCGUGGGGUGCGUGUGCACACCUGCAUACACGUGCCUCUUUGAAAUGGUGCUGUCUGGGGCGGUCAGACGUGGGCACACACUCGCAGCCACAUAGGAGAGCCCCACAGGGGUAUCCACACAUGGGACACGAGGACGACAGCCACACCAUCCUCUCAGCUCUCCCAGGAACAUCGGGAAUGGACCCUCAGUCUUGCCAAGAGGCUGAAGAAGCCAAGAAAGAGGCCCCCUUAUCCCUUGUGGGCCAAGCACUGGUCAAUGGCCCCCGGGAGCCUCCGGCUGGCACACUCCAAGACCCAGUGGCUCCCAAGUGCCCACAGGACACGAAGCCCAGCUCUUCACGGGUGGUCUUCUCCACCAACCUGCAGUUGGCCCCUGAGUCCCUGGACCCUCGCGCCCUGCGGCUGCUGUGGGGUCAACGGGAACUAGAGAUCCAGGCUCUGAGGUGGGCCAUCCAGAACCGCCCGGAUGCCCGGCACUGCCAUGUCCUGCAGGAGGUGGCUGGGAUCCCACCUGAGAGGGGUGCACGCAAUCAGGAAAGGUUCCUGCAGAACAAGGUUCAGAAGCUGACUCUGGAGUUGAAAAAGCAGAAGGAACAGGCCCAGCUGGAGAAGUCCCAGCUGGAGGAAAGUGUGCUGCAGACCACCACCAACAUACAGCAGCUGGAGGCUGAGCUGCAGGCCUUCCAGAAGUCCUGCCUCCUGCAGCUGGCCCGCUCCUCCUGGGUAGGUCGCAUACUGCGAUCUUCCACAGGCAGUGUGGAGGUGGUAACCGCAGAAACCCUGCUGGAACUCAGCGACCUCCCUGAGAGCGACCAGGGCCCCUCUGCCAGGGAGGGUUUCCGGCUGGAGGAUGUGGACUGGAACAGCAUUGCCCAGCGGUAUCCUAACCUCUUCACCAACAUUGAGUGCAGCUCAGACCAAAAGCACCCACGGCCCCUGUCACCCCCAGAGGCCUCACUGUCGGGUGAGUGGGGCUCGGAGCUACGUAGACGACACAUGGAACAGCGUCUCAAGAGUGUUGAGUGGAGUACCCUGCCCUUGGUGGGUACUAGCAGCUCAGGGGGCACGGACUCUGGCUCCAGCAGUGGCCAGCUGGCUGCGCGAUGCCGAGUGCGGAAGGUGACAGGACGCCCACCUCGCUCGCCGGGCUGCAAGUCUUCUGAGCCCACCGAGGCCCACUCGAGGAGCUUCAGCCGGGACAUGCAGACACAGACUGAAGGUCUCCUUUCCCCGGAUCUCCGGAAAGCCCAUCAGGACCAGCCUGGCAAGACUGUCCUGACGGGGGAGCCCUGUGCAGGUCCAGAGCACGGGCCUCCCAGGCACCGCUGGAGCCCGACGGGUUCCUGCCUGAAGAUCAUGGCUGUUAGCCGCCGGGACAGGUUUGUACGUGUCCUUAACCAGUCGCUGGAGGAGACCGUGGACCUGAGUGGCCUCAUGCUGCAGCAGCUCGUGCAAAACUUCCCUGUGUGCAUGUACCGCUUCCCGGCGGGCACGCUGCUGGCGCCUUGGCACCACCUCACGGUUUGGGGCGAGGGGCCCCGCAGCACGAAGAAGCAGUUGCCUUCAUCCUUGGGAUUCCACUUCAACCGAGGAUGCGUGACUCUCCUUCUGAACCCCAAGGGCGAGGUCCUGAGCAAGUAUCAGGCCCCCCACGGCGUGUCCCGCGGCUCAAGGAUCUUCGUGGACAACGCCGACUUGUCCAUUGACCGCUUCCCGCUCCCAGAGGCCGGGCGCGCCGCCGCCACCUUGGAGCAGAUGCCCGGGACCCAGCACUCGCACGCAGGCAGGGCGCGGGAGCCCCGGGCCAGACGGCGUAGGCCCCAGCCUCCGCCCUGCCCCCCAGGCCCCUUCCGUCCAGGACCGCCCUUCCCGCGGGGGGCGGGCUCCGCGUGUCACGACGCCCUCGCCCCACCGGGACGCGGGGCCCCUUCCCGCGGCAGAGCGCCAGCAAGCUCUUCCGCCCGCCCGAGGCCACCGGGACCCGCGCGCCGGAGCGCCUGCCCGCCAUCCCCGGUGAGGACGCGGACGUGGAGGGCGGGCGGCGGCAGGGAGGGGGAGGGGGAGGCCGGUCGACCCCAUUGGUCACUGGCCCUCGCAGAGGCCGGGCUGUGCCUCGAGGACCGCCAAGCCAGAACGGAGCCCAGGGUCCUGCGCCCGCAGGUGUGCAGGAAGACCGUGGACCGGAGCUGCCCGAUGGUAGCGCUCUCGGUGCAGAGCACGGCUGAAAGCAGAUUCGGCUUCCGCUUCCUGCCCUGCCCGCCGGUUGCCGCGGGCCCUAACGUACGGGUGUAGCGGGUGCGAGGGGUGCGGGGGGUGUGGGGUGCGGAGGUUGGGUGCCCGGACCGAGGGGCGGCGCUGGGAGAGUCGUGGGAGGCAGGCCGUGCCAGCUGCAUCAUAUAUUGACCAACGUCACCAACGAAGUAAACCGCAUUUAUGUACACCGGAGUCAAAAAGGAUUCGCUUGGUUUUGGGGUCCCUCGCCCCAAGGGAAGGGAGCUGGCCGCCCGUCCCGCGUGGGCGAGAAGCCGCACUGGUGCCCGGGGAUGGGAGGCCUGGCUGCACACUGGCCUCCGGAGGGCCUG